AUCAGUUCUGUUCUGUUCUGUUCAAACUUCGCUUACACACCAAAAUAUGAAAAAACGAGAACAGAAACAAAAAACAUAAACUUUAACCAAAACCUUUGAUUCAGAUUUAAGCUUCCAUAUAUAAUAUAGAUACCAAUUACCAAUCUUUAAUCUUUUUUAUUUUUGUUGCUUAGUUUCUUUUGUCAUUUUCCUAGAAAAAUUCACAAGAAGUUUUUUUUUUUGUUUUGCUUUUAAUUUUCCUUUUCCAAAGAGACAAAUCUAUCUUAAAUCUUAAUCUGGGUCUCGACAAUUUUGUCUUAAAUCCUUUGCUUCCUAUCCAGAUUUGAACUCUACCCACUUCCCAAUUCCCUGUUUGCCAGCCAAAGAAAUCAAGGGAAAAGGCGAAAGGUUUAAAUCUUGUAUUCGAAUCUGGGUUCUUUUAUGUUCGGAAGUGGAUUUUUUAAACUGGGUUCUCUUCACUGGGAGCUUAUAUUACUUUCCAGGAAGAAUUGGGUGUUAAAUCCAACAUCCAAAAAGUAAUAUUUUUUGAUGAGCUAAGAUGGUAUUCAAAUCUAAGAUAAAAUGGGUUGCAUUAUUUGUGUUGACUUUAUCUUUGGGAUCAUUGGUCGCUCAUCUCUCAAUGACAAAGUUUUCAAGUAUGAAUUUAGUCCAGUAUAGCGCUAAAGAUGCUUUAAGCCAUGAUUUUCCUAAUAUUGGAUCACCGGUUGGCAGAAAUAAGAGGCUAUGGGGUGCUGUGAGGUCUUUGGAGUCUUUGCAGCCAUAUGCAAACCCAAGAAACAGCUAUCCUGUUCCGAAUGAUAAUAAUAAUGGUUUCAUCUAUGCAAAAAUCUUUGGUGGAUUCGAGAAGAUAAGAUCUUCGAUCUGUGAUCUUGUCACCAUAUCCAGGCUUCUAAAUGCUACUCUUGUAAUUCCAGAGAUACAAGAAAGUACACGUUCAAAAGGCAUCAGUUAUAAAUUCAAAAGCUUUUCCUAUCUUUAUGAUGAGGAGCAGUUCAUUGCAUCACUUAAAAAUGAUGUAAUUAUUGUGAAAAGCCUGCCUGAGUAUUUAAAGGCUGCAAGAAGAAAGAAUGAGUUCCCUACUUUCAAGCCCAAAAAUUCUGCUUCUCCAAGUUUUUAUGUCAAAGAAAUUUUGCCAAGCUUGAAGAAAGCCAAGGUUGUUGGGUUGAUUAUUACUGAUGGAGGGUGCCUGCAGUCGAUUCUUCCACCCAGUAUGUCCGAGUUUCAGAGGCUUAGAUGCAGAGUUGCCUUCCAUGCACUCCAGUUUCGUCCUGAAAUUCAGAUCCUUGGCCGCCGGAUGGUUGAGAGGCUACAAGCCUGGGGACAACCUUUCCUAGCAUAUCAUCCUGGUCUAGUAAGGGACACCCUGGCAUAUCAUGGCUGUGCUGAACUUUUCCAGGAUGUUCAUACAGAACUUAUACAAUACCGAAGGGAUCAGAUGAUCAAGCAAGGGAUCAUUAAUGAAGAACUAAGCGUUGACUCACACUUGCGUAGAGAAAAUGGUUCAUGUCCUCUCAUGCCUGAAGAGGUUGGACUUCUCCUUCGGGCAAUGGGCUAUCCUUCUAAAACAAUUAUAUACCUGGCAGGCUCUGAAACUUUUGGCGGUCAACGUCUUCUGAUCCCUCUACGUGCUAUGUUUGCAAACCUAGUGGAUCUCACUUCGUUGUGCAGCAAGACGGAGUUGUUGGAAUUGAUUGGUCCUGAAGCACCUCUUCCUCCAGAUACUUUUCAACUACCUCAUCCAAAAAGUGAGGAACAACUUAAAGAAGAGUGGAACAGGGCUGGUCCACGGCCACGGCCCCUUCCUCCACCUCCUGAUAGGCCCAUAUAUCAACAUGAAAAAGAAGGCUGGUAUGGUUGGAUUACUGAAAGUGACAAAGAACCAGAUCCUUCACCUAUGGAUCUUAGGAUGAAAGCUCACAGGUUACUUUGGGAUGCCCUUGAUUAUAUAGUCUCUGUGGAAGCAGAUGCAUUCUUUCCUGGUUUUAACAAUGAUGGUAGUGGAUGGCCAGAUUUCUCAGGCUUAGUUAUAGGACAGAGGUUGUAUGAGAGGGCUUCUUCUAGGUCAUAUCGACCAGACAGGAAAAUUAUUGCUGCACUUUUCAAAAGUACCCGUGAUGAUAUGUACCAUCCCAAGCGUAAUUGGACACUAUCAGCUAAGGAGCAUCUCAACAGAAGUUUGAGUGAAGAUGGCCUUAUCAGGCAAUCGCUGUUGGCAAAGCCAGCCUCAUUUCUAUCGCACCCGCUUCCUGAAUGCUCUUGUAGAAUUUCAUCUGUUGAAAUCACAAAACAAACAAAAGACAAAGAUGGCGGUUUCUUGUAUGGAGGUGAAGAGGAGUGCCCCAAAUGGAUGCAGUCAGCUGGGGCUGAAGGGGUUAAAUAUGAUGACACUGAAUCAGCAGAAGAUGACAAUGAUGUGGUUGAACAGCUAGAAUCCGAUGGUGCUGAUGUCACAAGUAGCUUAACUUCACAGAUUGAUAGUGAUGAAGAAUGGGAUCCUGAUGACUAAUCGGAUUAACAGAUGAUACAUUUUCCUCUUUAUAUCAUCAACCGGUGGAAUUCAGUUUCCAGUAAAUUCUUCUCGAGCGAAAAAUUUUGGGACACGAGGGUAAACAGCCAAAGCCAUUCUUUUAUUUCACGGUUCCCGUCUAAUCUUUUGAGAUCAAUAAGUAGUCAAUUUUUUAUUCCUGAGUAGAAUCAAGUAACUCUCCAGUCACAGAAACCAAAGAGUUAGUUAUAUGCCUUAUACAUCAAAGUUUUCUAACAUACAGUGGAAAGAUUUGAUGCAGUGAUGAAUUACGGCCUGAGCCAUAAAAAUGCCACUCAUCUCCUUCAGAGCUAAAGACAUGUAGUCAUUAGAUUGGCUUAUAGCAUUGGGAGAGAAGCUAAAACUCAGUGCUGUAAUAUCUUUAAGGUGGUGCAAUUUUGCUUGUUGUGCCUCAUGAACUGCCUUUUCCUUUUUUUUUUUUUUCUCCUGUUAAAAGAGUGUAAAUUUGCAUAGAGAAAGGAUGUCAAAGGGAUAGUUUUGUUAUGACAAUUCUUUUUACCAUAUGUGAUCUUUAGUAAAUUUUUUUUGCUUGUUUGGUAAUUAA